AUGAUAGCCACGAAGGAUUGUUCUCCGCCGUCGACGGUGGACAAUAUCCGCGCCGAACUAAAUCUGCCUGCGCCAUCAUUACAUACGCUCAAGUUUCUACGCGCAAUCCUUGGGCUCGACACCUCUGAGAAACACACCCCUGUGCGCACCGCGACGAAAGAAGCUCCUAACAGACCGACAAGAGCCCGGGCCCCUGCGCAGAGUGCUCCCAAACGCUGUCGUAAUACCCAACCCAAAGUUCACAUCCACGAAAGCUCUGGCGAGAGAAGUCCACGACUAUCUUCAGCAGACCGGCGCAAGAUUGCCACCGAAGUCUUCAAUUCUACUCUAAAACAACUUGGCCAGGCUGCUAAAACCGAACAAGCUGCCUCCAAAUCCCGGAUCAUUGGUACCACGCCGCUGCGACCACCCAACGUCCAACUAGCCCUUCACGAACGAUCACCUAACAGGGAAAGCAAAAAGAAUGGCGGACCUGCUAAAAAGGCGGCAGCGGCCACGGCGCAGAGUGAAACGCCUGAUUGGCGAAUAGUGGCCGAUGUGUCACAUUGCGCACUGCAUUAUCUUCAGGAGAUUGACGGAAAAGAUCAGGCACAACCCCGCGCAAAUGAACAAGGGCUGGAGAAUGCUGCAUUGAUAUUGUUGGACAGGACGAUUACACUCAAUCUUGUGGCUGAAGCACAACGUCAGCUUGCCGAAAUACACCAACGGCACCUGGGAAAGAAGACGGUGAAAGUCGGUACUUCGACACAGGAGACGAACAUCGCCCACCACUUGUUGGCUCGGCCAGAUGCUGCAGAUGAUGCUUCUACCUUUGGCUUCGCAACCUCGAUGCAAAGUCAAGGACUUCGGCUGGUCCUCCUCAUGGGACCGAAAGCGAUAACCAAAGAACUACUCCUCGCACUGCAACUAGAGACUAUUGGGGGUCCGGCUUGGAUGAGUGUGCAAGGCUUACAAAAAGGACUGCAUAAUUCUGAGCAAGCUGGUCUGCAACUGCGAACAGUCUCGCUGGCUCUGUCCAAGCUGUACUCGCUCGGACUGAAAUCAAUCAGCCAAGUGGGGGCUCCGAAUGUGCUCUUCGACUUGUUCUGUCUGGCGCUGCGACUCAAGUUUGAAUCAUGGACACGCUUAGGUCAUUCCCCGGAGCCGGACGCAGAGGUCUGGCGACACUUCGACGUUGCAAUCAAAAGGUUGUUUACGACCACAACCAGCGCGCCACUACCUUUAGCAUCAGUCAUUCGGCACUUGAGAUUGUUUCAAAGGCUUCUAAGCCUCGCUGGCUGCCGUGAUCCUAUCCCCCAGGCUUUACUCGAGACGUUGGUCCAGCUGACUCAAAGCCUUCCACCUGAGUCUGAGAUGCUGCUUAUUAUGGAGGACCAAAUCGGAAUUGCAGACACUGUCACAUCACUGAUACUGUCCUGCUAUUCCACCGUAUGUCGGUUGAGGCUGCUUGCGCAAGACUUAGAUGCCACCUUCAGUGCAGUCGAACGUACAACGAAGUCAUUCGCCACAAUGCCGACACUCUCGGCAGCAAACCUGCAAAGAAUUCUUCUCUACACUGCCUAUCUCCGUAAGGAGGCCCUGGCGGCCAUGAUGUCAAUCGAAAGAAAAGAAGCAGGCAGAGGAGAGAAUGAAACCACAAAGAGAUUACAAACGGCAAUCGUCAACUUAGCGUACGUCUCAUCGGGCGUUCUCUGCCAGCAGAUCCAGGCGGCACUCUUGAACCUAGGGUCCGAACCAGGCAACAGAAAGCCGGAGGCAUUUCUGACCACGUUAGUCAAGAAUAUCGAGGCCGUGUUAAUGACAGAGAAGUGUGCGGUGACACAAACGCCAGAAUUGGCGGGGGCAUCGUGUGAUGCUCUUCGCUCAUGCUCUGCUGUCAUCGAUUUUCUUCUCACAGAUGUCUCUGAAUUGCUUUCCACCAGUACAAUUCGGGCGGCCGUUAUUCAGUUGAAUGUACGGCUCUCAAACAUCUACUGGGUCCGGUACCUCAAGCUGGUGCAACAACGAAAGCCGCCAACCGAACAAGCACCAUUGCUGGAACUCUCAGUCAAAGGACUUCUGCAACUGCCGAUGGUGGAUCAGAAGUCCGCCUACGUGAGCCUGAAGUACGAAAGGCUCGCCGCAUGCUAUAUGGAAGUGGGAGAUCAUGCAACGGCCAGGUCAAGGCUCCAGAAAGCACUCGAUUAUAAUGUCAGAGAUGGCACUCUCAACGAAGUCGUUGAGCUUCUGUUAACUGGACAUUUCCACUCGGCAUGGUCCAGACCUGUUUCGAGUUGCAAAUCCUUAGGUAGGAAUCUCAUUAUGCAUACUCGACUCUCGCUCGAUAUGUCUUCGGCCUCUAGCAGCCAUGAGAUUUUCUACGACGACCUAUCACUUCCCCCGAUACACCGCGCUGCGCUACUCGAGAAGCAGAUAUACGCGAUGACCGAGAAGGACAUGACAGACCAUCAACUGUCAUUUUGGAAGGCACAGGUGGAGUUCGUUUUCAACCUAAUAGACCAGCCUCAAUAUUGUGUCUACAGGUUGAAAUUCGCCAACACGCUGCUUCACUCCGCGCUAAGGAAGAAGGUGUCGGCUUCUACUUUCUUGGCCGAGAUCACCAAAGGUUGCUUGAUGCUGGGCCCAGCCGACAAAGUUGAUGGAAAUGCCCUCGUUCACGCCUUCGAGCCUGCGUCGCGCUCGUUGUUUGCGCUUCAGUAUGGAUUUCUAACCGGCCGCAUCACCAAACCUGCUCUGGAGAGAACUGUCAAACAGAUUUCUGACAUACUUCGACCAUGCAGGACCCUCGAGGAUGCGGAACAGAGGCUUGGAGAUAUUGAGUGUGCUAUCUUCACAUUACAGCUCAGUGUUGAUUAUGCUGGGGCGUUUGACAGUCCCGAGACCGCCAUCGAUGCAUUGGAAACCCUCUAUCAUACCGCAGGGCUUGCAACCGAGUCUACUGGGUUGUCAAGAAUCAGCAUCCUCAUCCAAUUGGGCAAGGCCUAUCAUUCUGUUGAAAACAUUCAUUCCGCCGGCAAGGCCUUCGUGAAAGCCGAGCAGAUGCUGCUUUCCGAAGAACCCCAUGGGCAUCUGGAGGUGGAGCUUGCCUUGGCCUACUCGGAGCAUUAUCUUGACAUCGGCAAUGUCGAACAGUGCAUCAAUUGGCUAGAUCGUGCAGGACGUGCAUGGGAUAGUCAGCACGGGACAGAAGGGCCAUCCUCCAGCAGAUCCCGGUUAAAGCAACAGAAUACUCUAUGUAUGGCUGCCAAUUUAGCGUCGAGAUUGGCUUUCCGUCGAGGGCAGCUGCCGGAGGCCACUAUUUGUGGACGACAAGCCGCCAAAAUCGCCGGAGUCCUUUGGCUAUCGAUCGAAAAGGCGUUGCAGUCUGACAACGUAACGACGCAGAUGGUUUCCGCCGAUGAAGACAUCGAAAGCCUCACAGUAGGCGUAUCAAAGCUCAACCUCUCCCGGGAAUGCCCUCAGUUGAAAGCCAAGGCAAUCGCAUUUCAAUCCCAAAUAACGCUGUACUGCUCGGUGUUCAGUCACCUAGCUGCCCUGAAUGCGCAUUGCGGCCUCUAUCAGUCAGCCGUGUGGUUCUAUGAAGAAGCUCUCAGAGUAGCCAGAAAAGCUGGUCGGUCAUCUCUUGAACCGAAACUCCUCAGUGACAUUUCUCUCCUGCAUGCACGUGCUGGUCAGAUAGCGAAGGCUCAGAAGGGUCUGACGUGUCUGUCAGCACAACCGCAUGAGUACACAACACAACUAAACCAAGCUCUUAUUUGCGUUAACCAAGCCGACACUCAUCUCCUUCUUGGCGACCUGUCGUCGGCCGACCGAUGCUUCGUGGAAGCUCAAGGGCUGUUGAACCGUGACGCCGUCCGUUCGAAGACUACUGAUGUCGACAAUGGACCAAAGAGGACCUCCAGGACCAUGGCGAAAGCCCCUGCAAGGAAACCGACCGUCAAGUCGAGGGCCAAAUCGACGGCAGCGCCCGCAAAGCCAAAAGAAGCAGAUACUGGAUCUUCGCCGGCGACCAUGGAGCUUCAGAGGGUGAAGGAAAGCAUCCAUUUCCUUGAAGCUAAGCUGCGAUGGUUCAAAUGCCCCCGUGACAACAACGAUGCGAUCGAUUAUAAUUCUACAGUUGACACUGACCACCUGAAUGCACGAAAGUCAAUGAUAGAUGCUCUCAGACUCGUGCAAACAGCAUUAAAGCUAUUCUCAGAGGAUGCAGACAACAAUGUACUCGCAGAGACAGCAAUGGCGCUUCCCGUGAGAUAUAAAUCUGCAAGGAAGAGUGGCAGAGUAUCCUUUGUGCAGGGACGACCUAUACCAGUGAAAGCAAGUAAACCCACUGGAACGAGCAAGAAACAGAGUCAGAAGCGGGCGGAUGAAUCCAUCACCAAAGACGGCAAAACACUCCUGUUGCAGGCUUAUAACAUAUUGGCGGCGGUGAAAGAUUGCCCGCAAAGCCAGAUCUCCUCGGACAUAGUCCACUCGAUCCACAAGACUCUGGCUGAGAUCAGUCUGCUGUCAACGGCUUUGGGGCAUCCAUUCGUGACCUCAUCCUUGGAGCUAGUGCUCGACAAGUUGAGUCCGAUGGAUUUGGCACGAAACCGAGAACGGCUCAUUACUCUGAGCGAGCAUGCCACAGCUGAGUCCAACGAGAUCCAAUCUUGGCCACGCUUGUCAGCGGAACAAGUUGUUCAAGACGAUGGCCAUUCGAGCAUAGAUUUGGAUCUACUUCCUCCCUCUUGGUCAAUAGUCUGCCUGGGCUUGAACGAAGACAGGAGCGAAUUGCUUGUUUCGCGCAUCAACACGGGCAGGUCCCCUUUCAUAGUCCGAAUACCACUGACCAGGCCAGACGGCUCGGACAUGGAGAUUGAAGAUCUUGAUUUCGAAAGUGCAAAGGCAGAGCUCCAGGAUAUCAUUGCGAAGGCCAACUCAAGCGCCCACGACCCCAGAGGCUGCUCGACUGAUAAGUCUCUAAGAAGAGCUUGGUAUGAUGAGCGGAAGGCUUUGGAUCAACACCUGGCCACUCUCUUGGAAAAUAUCGAGAACAUCUGGUUUGGAGGCUUCCGUGGACUUCUUUCCGCUGUUAGCACCGAUGAGAUCGCACUUAAGAAGUUCGGGCAAAGCUUUUCAAUGACCUUGGACAGACAUCUGCCCUCUCGCCGGAAAUCGUCGAAAGCGGAUGUGAAAGUCGAGCUUCACAGCCAUGUACUCGAGCUUUUUCUGACUCUUCGGCAUCCCCAAGAAGCCGAGCUAGAGGAUGCCAUCACAGAUCUGCUAUACUUUGUGGUUGACAUUCUUCAAUUCAACGGCGAGCGUAAUGCAUACGACGAAAUCGACUUCGACGCCAUGGUAGUCGAAGUCUUGGAUGCAUUGCACGCAUACCAUGAUGAGCAAUCCAAAGCAACGAGGACAAAGCCAAGCUCUCAUGUCAUUUUGGUUGUGGACAAGGAACUGCAGGUCUUCCCCUGGGAAUCGCUAUCAUGCUUGAGGGGCAGAUCGGCCUCGAGAAUGCCGUCCCUAGGUGCGGUUUGGGAAAGAUUGCAGGCCAUUCACCAGCAAUCCAACCGGCGUGACGGCUAUGUGAUCCCUGCCACUGAAGGGACGUAUAUUCUCAACCCCUCCUCUGACCUGAUGUCGACGCAAGACCUCUUUGGGACGGUCUUCGAAACACAACUAUCCCAAUUCAAGGCCAUUACCAAACGAGCACCACAAGAGAAGGAGUUUGAAGAAGCCUUGCAUGACCGCUCGCUGAUGCUCUAUUUCGGCCACGGCGGAGGCGCGCAGUACAUUCGAGGCUGCAAAAUCCGCAAGAUGGACAAGUGCGCAGUCACCCUGCUGAUGGGCUGCAGCAGUGCUAAGUUGACGGAGUGUGGCGUGUACGAGCCGUAUGGGAUGCCCUGGAAUUAUCUCAACGGUGGCAGUCCUGCCGUGGUGGGCAACUUGUGGGAUGUGACUGAUCGUGACAUCGACCGGUUUGCCAUGAAGCUUAUGAAUGAGUGGGGUCUGAUAGAGGCAGACGAGAGGGCAAGUGGUGUCUCGGCUACAGAGUCAAAAGGGAAAGCUCCAAGCAAAACGGGCCAAGGAAAGACUGAAAGGGAGAAGAGAAGUGGUCAGACGCGCGGUGUUGUGUCUUUGGAUCAGGCUGUGGCGGAAGCGAGAGAUGAGUGCUUGUUGAGGUACUUGAAUGGGGCGGCACCUGUUAUGUAUGGGAUCCCGGUGUUCUUGGAGUAA